AUGAAGUUUGUAAUGAAUGAAGACCUUCCCUACUACUUAUCGUACAAACAUUGCAAAGGUGAGUUUGCCAGAGAAAUGGCCAGCGAAACUGUCAUGACAGAGGCGAAGAAACCUCUGAACAACUUGACUCAUCUUACUGGAGCACAAACAAAGUGGUUCAUAUCUAUGGCGCAGACCUUUGCCAAAUUGAGAGCAGAAGAGGAAGAACAAGAGACUGGCUGGUUUGGAUUGAGUGAAAAGGACACUGUCUGA